UUUUUUUAGGCACCAAUUGAACACUGUGUAGGUCGGCACUUAUCACCAUUCAAAUUUCAUGGCUGCAUGGACUUAGUAUACAUUUCUAUGGCUGUAAUCUGAAACACAUUCCAUAACUGUACACAAGUAUCUUUGUCUCUGUUACAGUGAUAAACAAGACUUUAUAAUAAUUAUGAAAGUUCAGUGUCUCAAAUAUAGUCUAUUAACUACAUGUAUAUCCGUUGUAGCGGUAAUACUACUCAGUGAACGAUAUUAUACAUUAGUAAUCUGUGGCAGCGUAGUGGUUACCUACUUUGGAAACAGUAGUGUUAACGUACGCAACAAUCAGAUUUACUCAGGGAAUGCUACUCUCCUACCCCCUGAAGUUGUCUCAGGAGUGAAACUGUUUGUUCUAUUCAUUGGCUAUCCCAGAAGUGGUCACAGUAUUGUUGGGAGUCUGCUGGAUGCUCAUCCGAAUGUCGUGGUCGCACAUGAGCUUCACGUUUUUCGUUGGCUCUCACGAUUAGAUCUACAAAAUUCAGAAGUGAAGGCUGAUCUCUUCAAUGAACUCUAUGCAAACAGUUUCAACAAUGUGUUUAGUGAUGGAAAAAGAAGCGAUAACAAUAAAGGAUACAAUCUCACGAUAGAAAACAGUUGGCAAGGACGGUACAGAGAGCGGAUUGAUGUAAUUGGAAGCAAAAAUGGUGGUGGAAUGUCCAGGAUGUACAGACAUAAUGCUAAGGACUUCAAACUUGCGUACAACCGACUGCAUCAGUUUGCUUCCAUCCCAAUACGUUUCAUUCACUGCGUACGUAAUCCAUUUGACGUCAUCUCUACAAUGGUGCUUUACAGAAUACAGAAAAAAAGUAAUCAAAAAGACUUGGUCCCCAUUUCCAGAAAGUCACAUCAUGUAUACAAAGAUGUCAAACAACUUUCAUCAGCUGCAGAUUUUUUUUUCUCUUUAGCUGAUUCUGUUGCUAACAUUUCUCAGUCAAUAACUUCUGGAGAUCGGCUUUUGGAAAUUCACAACCAUGAGUUGGUAUCUCAUCCUGAAGAUACUGUCUUCAAGUUGUGCCAAUUUCUGAACAUUGAUUGCCCAAGAGAUUAUCUAAAAUUGUGUGCAGCAAAAGUGUUUCCGGAAAUAUCAAAAUCAAGAUUUACUGUGGACUGGCCGGAAGAGAUGAAGAAAAUUGUGCAGAGCCGUCUUGAACUGUAUCCCUUUUUUAAGGGUUAUUCAUUUGAAAGUUUAAUGUAGUAUCUUAUACGUAACUGCACAUAAUUAUAGCUAGAUUGAUAUUUAUAUGUGUCAUUUAUUGUGGCAGUGUU